UCCAUCUUGUUUUCACCACAAGCGCUACAACAGCGCACCACCAUCGUUGUUGUUAUAGUAGCUAGUGAAUAAUGGCGGCAGCGGGAGGCGGAUUAUCAUCUCCCGCUAAUGUCCCGGCCUCUAGUACUCCGUCCGUGGCCCGGGCUCGUUUCCCAGGCCGGCCAUGGACACCUCGUAGUCGGUUACGGUCGGAGAAACGUCCGCAGCGGGGAAGGUUAGGCUUGGAAGCUGGAGAGGUAGUCUCUGGAGGCCCGAGGCCCAUCAACAUUGGACUAACGUUGAGCGAGGACCCGUCACUGCUCCGUUUACUCGGUAUUGCUGAGAAACACAGGCGCCAGAGAGACGCGGGUUUCAACUCAAGUGGGAGUGAAGAGGAUGAGGAUUUCACUGGGUUCGGCACUGAAUACCGGCCAUUACUUCCGGUACAUAAUGUCACUGAAAGACACACACAUUUCCCUCUAUCAUUUGUAGGUCGUUCUCUUAGGCGGUCUUUAUCUGAAAAGACACUUCCAGACCUCACAGGGAAGCUUAAAACUGCAGGGAAUGGUUCCAAAGAGGACCCUGAGGUUGGUGAGGGCCAGGAAGAGCAAAAUGCCCAUAUAACAGCCAGUCAGGCAACCCCAAAAACAUUGUCAAAUGUAAGGGUUAAAUCGACCGGAAAGCAGGCUACUUGGACAAAAGCCUCAAAAGGCAAGAAGAGUGCGAAAUCAGAUGCCUCUGAUGGGAAAAGUGGAAGCAAGACAGCAGAACCAUCUUCAACCGUCAGAAAGGGGAACCAGCAAUACCAAACAACCAAGAUGGGCAGAAGUCAAAGGAUCUCAGGGUCCCGCGCAGCCCAACACCAAACCAGCCGAGACAAGCAGGGCAGACUGGUGUGGACCCUGACAGUGGUCAAGGGCAAAGGAAAAGCCGCCAAGGGCAAAGAGCCCGGCGAGGUAACCGAUAACACCAAAAAGGACAAUUUUGGACCAGACAGGUCUAGGAAAAGGAGGAGAGGGUCUCAGCGAGGGGGCAAAGCUGGUGUGCCAGCUCAGUCUGGGAAUGGACAAAAAGCAGAUAUUGGUGACGAUGCUCAAAAAGCUGCACUUUCUGCUACACCUAAUAAGCAUGAGCAGCCCCAGCAGAGGAUAGUGUCCACAGGGACAGGGGAAUCCCCAGAGGCUCGACCUGAAAUGGGUCAGGAGUCUGCAAUCCCCCCAGAAAAAAAGAAACCCUCAUCGUUCAAGCGCAGGUCCCUAUAUGGCCACCGUAGAAAGCCUGGGAGCGUGCGUAGGAUUAGAUCACCAGAGUCUGUUGUAAAACGCUUCCGGCGCAAGUUUGUCUACUACACCUAUGUGUCAGAUAACCUCCCAGACCCAACUGGGGAAAGCACUGGGGCAGAGGACGAGCCUCUCCUCUCCCCUGGAGAGGUCAACCUGGGAGCCAGCAGUAACCUUUCCACGCCCGUGGUGAGUGCCAGGUCUUCACGUGUAAUCAAAGCCCCCAAGAGGUUCCUUGAUGAGGAUAUAAUCUCUUGGACAAGGAGCUCCCCAAAAAAGAAGAGCCAAGUGGCAAGUGGAGAGGAUGGUAUUAGCCAAUCCUUUUAUGAUUCAGGCGAUGAUGUUGACAACUUGUCUGGAACGCCGCAUCUAAAUGAGUGCAUAUCUAAUGAUGAGUUUGAACCUCACGUUGAUGGCGCAACUGGAAAAACAACACUUAAGACCUGUCUGGCCUCAACUCUGUCUGAGAUGAAGGACUCAACGCUGAGCCCAGGCACCUCCCAUCUGGAGGUCUACGAGAGACUUAAGAAGCUAACCCUCAGCCUAGCCCAGAAGAAAAAAGGCCUUCCUGCUGCUGAGGGUGAAAUUGCAGAAGCGGCAAUGUCUGAGGAAGAACUUCGUUUGACCUCACCAGUAAGGAAAAGGAGGAGGUCCCAGCUAAAGAUGGAGGACCUUAAUGCCCCAGGAGUUGUGAGGAAACUGGCUGUGCUGGUCAACAAUGCUGUUGCCUCCCAAUCUGCAUUAUCUGAGGCUCCGGAUGAGGGACCAGACCAGAUGAAAAAUGUUAAAGUGGAAGAGGCCGUGGCUGAAGGGAUCGACAAAGGAGAGAGGCAGACUCAACUGGGUGACCACGCAGUUGUGGUGGAACAGGGGUGUGCCAGCCAACGGAUUAACCUCACCGGCACCAACAAGAGGAUGUUCCACCUGCUGAAGAGAGCCAAGGUCCAGCUCAUUAAGAUUGAUCAGCUUAAGAAAGCCAAACUGCAGCUGGUGAAGAUCGACCAGCAAAGACAGAUCAAGUCGUCACAGCUCCUGUCUGAUUCGGUGAAGCUGGGUCCUAGAGAUUUUGGAGUCAGAGGUGGCCGGAGGGGGAGGGGGAGGGGAAGGAGAAGAGGAGGCUGUACUGCUCAGGACCUGCUCCCUGGUGGUCCACGCAUCAAGCAUGUCUGCAGGGCAGCGGCGGUGGCAUUGGGGCAACCCCGUGCCAUGGUACCUGAUGAUAUCCCCAGACUUAGCGCACUCCCCCUACAUGAGAGAGAGGGCAUCACACCCUUGCAGGAUGUAGAAGACAUUGCUGACCCCUCUGAUCAGGAGCUGGAAAGCACUCAGGAACACAAGACAAGGCGGAAGCACAAGUUCUGCAAGCGGCGGAAGUGGAACCGUAAUGUUGUUGGCCCCGGGGGUCGCUCUACCCGCUGUGGGUCCUGCCAGGGCUGCCUCCAUGAGGAUGAUUGCGGAACCUGUUUCAACUGCCUGGACAAGCCCAAAUUUGGUGGGCCCAACACUCGACGCCAGUGUUGUGUGUUAAAACGAUGUGUUCGGAUUGAGGCGAGGAAAGUAAUGCGUGGCGUCAAGCCCCUGGCAGCCUUCCCAAGGCGCCGCCGCCGUUCCUCGAUGAACAACCCCCAGUCCAACAGUGACGAGGGCCCAGAGUCCUGGGGGGAGGGAGAGGCCGAGGCGGGGUCGGUCCCAGGUACUCCCAGAGACGUCCUGAUCCCCUCAACCAGGAAGCAGCCGAGGCGGAACGUGACGCCACGCUCUUACAGCAGCCUCCUGAAGUCGGAGUCCGAGGACGACGAGGACACCGAUGGAGAAAACCAAGUCAAGAAGAAUUCUGUUGCCCCCGGCAGCCAAGAUACUGCUCCCUCUGUCUUCUUUGCUCCACAAGAGGGCACCGCUGCAGCAAAGCACCGUAGACCUGGGCCAGCGAAAGGAGUGCCAGGCCGACGCCGAGCCGACAAGUCCCCACCUUCGCAGGCACAGGAGAGUGACUCCCGGGAACACUGCCCAGGGCUGCGAGUCACAGAGGGUCACGUGACAAGGAGCCCCGGGGAUUUCCGCCAUCCCAGGAUUCCCCUGCUGCGACUACACUGGCGGCUGCAGGUGCGGCUCCAGCGGCUGCCGCCGUGUGUGUUACAGUCGAUCACGGCGAGGGAUGAGGAACAAUCGGAGGAGGACGAGUCUCGGCGGGAAGAGGAACAAGCUUUUGUUAAAGAGUGGGAGCGACAACACAACCCCAGAAUUGAUCCACACUAUGUCCUUCAUUCCCAGAAUGCAGCGGAACACGUGCCAACGAACAUCCUUGCGCCAUUAACCAAUGGGCUCCCCCAAAAGGGCUAUUCAAAGAACGGCGCACACAGGAUCCGCAUAGACUUCAAGGAGGAUUGUGCUGUCCAGAAUGUGUGGUUGAUGGGUGGCCUGAGUAUCCUCACCUCUGUCCCCAUCACUCCUCAGCCUGUCUGUCUACUGUGUGCCAGCAAAGGCCACCAUGAGAUGAUCUACUGCCAGGUGUGCUGCGAGCCCUUCCACAGCUUCUGCCUGUGGCCAGAAGAGCGGCCCCAGGAGGAGAACAAAGAGAAUUGGUGCUGCCGCCGCUGCAAGUUCUGCCACGUGUGCGGCCGCAAGAACAAAACCAACAAGCCUGUGUUGCAGUGCCGGAGGUGUCAGAACUGCUACCACCCCUCUUGUCUGGGGCCCACCUACCCAAAACCCAUCAACUGUAACCUUCCCUGGGUGUGUAUGUCAUGCAUCCGUUGUAAGAGCUGUGGAGUGACCCCAGGAAAGUCCUGGGACAUGGCCUGGAAUCACGAGCAGGACCUCUGUCCCGACUGCAGCACCCUCCACAGUAAAGGGAGCUUCUGCACCAUCUGCUCCAAAUGCUAUGAGGAUAACGACCUCAAAACCAGUCAGAUGAUGGAGUGCUCCAGAUGUAGCCACUGGAUCCAUUCUAAAUGUGAAGGGAUAUCUGACGACCUGUAUCAAAUCCUGUCCAGCCAGCAAGAGAGUGUAGUGUACACCUGUACACCCUGCAGCCAACCACAGCCCAGCUUCUGGAAGGAGGAGCUAAAGAAAAGGCUUAGGGCAGGGCUAGAGAAGGUGCUGGCCAACAUCUUAUCUGACACAUCCUCCCAGCACCUGCUCACCUGCAGGGAGUGUGAGGAAUCUAUAGAUCCGGAUGCUUUCAUUGAGCCCAUCUGCGACCUACAUGCCGUUGGUCAAAAGUUUGAAGCCGGCCACUACACUUCACUUAAAUCAUUCCAUGAGGAUGUCGUUGCUGUAAUGAUGAGGUGGUUGAAGGAGGAGGAGUCUCUUCCUGAAGAUUUAAGGCCCACCUGUCUGGCCAGGUCUCACUACUUGAAGUUGCUGGAGGAGACUUUCAGUUGGUUUCACAGCAAAGAUCUGAAAAUGUGGGACCCACUUUCCAAAGAAUUCCCAAGCGGUAUGCUACCUGAGGCGGUUCUUCCUCCUUCUAAGGAGCACAGCUAUGCACAGUGGCUGGAGAGAACUUACCAAUUCACCCGUGGGGACCUCCAACAGAUGAACAGUGUCCCUCCCACAUCCUCAGUCACCACCCAUCAGCCCCUGCAGAGCCUCCUACUCAAAUCCCCAGGUUCAAAUAGUACUCCAACUGGGCCCCUGGAGUUGGACUGGAACAAAGACGAGAGGCAGUGCUCACUCUGCCAACAGUGUGGAGAUGCCACACCAAACGAUGCUGGCAGGCUGCUGUACCUGGGUCAGAAUGAGUGGGCCCAUGUGAACUGCUGCCUGUGGUCCGCCGAGGUGUACGAAGACAAUGGAGCUCUGCUGCAAGUGCACAGUGCUGUCUCCAGGGGACGCCACAUGCGCUGUGAGCGUUGUGGCCAGACGGGGGCGACUGUGGGCUGCUGUCUCUCGUCCUGUCAGAGUAACUACCACUUUAUGUGCGCCCGUGCCCGCAACUGUGUCUUCCAGGAGGACCGGAAAGUCUUCUGCUCCAGGCACCGCGAUCUCGUCAGUGAAGAGAUGGUGACUGGGAAUGGGUUUGAAGUCCUCCGGCGUGUCUAUGUGGACUUUGAAGGGAUCAACCUACGGAGGAAGUUUCUGACUGGCCUGGAGCCAGAGUCUAUAAAUAUGACCAUCGGCUCUCUGCAGAUCAACAAGUUGGGGGUGCUGACAGAACUAUCGGCCAGCGGAGCAAGAUUAUAUCCUGUGGGCUAUCAGUGCUCUCGGCUGUACUGGAGCACAGUGGACCCUCGGCGACGGUGUAAGUACACGUGUAAGGUGACCGAAGUGUGCUCACGAGUCCCAGAGAAGCUGGGUGAACCACGGUGGUGGGACAAGGAGGAGAACCAAACCAUAGCCCACAGCCCAAGCCAUCACAAAGAAAUGGAGGUCCCAGAGGCUGUGAUAAGUCCUCCAUCUGUUCAGAUAUUUCCCAGCACCACUCCGUCUCCCCCGAAACAGGAGCCCGGGACAAGAAUGCCUGGCUACUCAAAAACCAGGAAGCCAGCAGGGGGAACGUCUCGACCUCUUCCCUCCCCAGGGAGUGCCAUGUCCAAAUCCCACCAGAUCCUGACUCUGAGAGACCUGGACAGUACACGCCGGCCGCGCCGUCUGACAUCUCGGAGUCGCCACUCCGGGGACUCAUCCUCCCCGACUGAUGCCCCUGCGGGACCAAUGACCCUCCGUUCGGGGGGCACACUUCACCCCAGGUCACUUCCCUUCAACUCCCCUCCCAGACCCAGCGAAAAAACCCUGGGUUCACCUCGGCGUGGUCGGCCGCGUUCCAGCUCCUCCAACUGGGGUUCCCCUCCCUCCCCUCCCUUCUAUGUUAGCUAUGUUGGCGCCAACGGUAGUCCCCCAUCCAACCUCCCCCUGGCCCUCCGCCACUCUACCAGGAUCAGGCAGCCAUUCAAAAUCACCACCCCCGUGUCAGCCGAGGUGCCGCAUGACUUCUUGGCCUCGUCUGAGCCAGACGACGCUGGGAUGGUUCCCUCGAAUGGGAUCACGUUGGCCACGAGCAACAUGGAGGAAGAUGCUGUUCCCCUGAUGUCGGAUCAGGACUUGCCUUUCACGCCGUUUGACGUGGCAGAUGCGGACGUGGCUGUGGCCUCUGUGCUGAACGCCAAGCUGGAGUUCGACGAGGCCUUGCUUAACGAGAAUGUGGCGCUGCACUGUGGAGGCUCUCAGACUGGUGGAGGAGAUGUGGAGAGGUUGGAGGGACUAGAGGAGGACAGCCAGACUCAGGGUGAAGAUAACAUGGACGACAACAACAAGGCCCCAGUAUUUACCAAAGCCAUGGCCUCCACGGAGGACCAUGACAAUGGUUCCUCUGACGAAGAUUUGGAUCACUACUUGAAGUUCUCCCGUACAGUGGUUGUGUGCGAGGCCUCCAAAGACCCGGGGCAAGCAGUUAUUCCUCCACCUCCUACUACAUCUCAUUCCAUCUCGCAGCUCGAUGGAGCAGAUAACUGCUCCGAGAGUGACUCGAGCGAGGCUACUGGCGAUGAUGAAACUCAGGAAGAGGGGACCAGUAGGAAAGUCCAGAGUGCUGACAAUCAAAAUGUGUUUGAAAACUGUGACACUGACAUGCCAUUAGAGGAGGUUCUGAUGGACUCUGACCAAACUGAAUUUAAAAAAGAGUUUCUUGUGGAUUCCUCCAGUGGCCAUUUUGUUCCGGCUGACAGCAGUACCAAAGUUCAAAAUGAGUUUCUCUUGGACCCCUCCAGUGGUCAUUUUGUUUCAUCAGGUGACGGCACCAGAGUCUACCUGACUGAUGAUAAAGAAGAGGUUGUUGAUGACAGUGAUAGCGACAGCUCCUGCUCCGCGUCGUCAACUGAUUCUCUUAUUGGAGUAGACAAUGAAAUUGGAGACCCAGACUUUGAGCCAAAACCCAACUCACGAGCACCACCAGUCAAAAAUGUCAAAGUCAUGCAACGGCCUGGUCCUGUGAGGGUUAAAUCCAUUCCGCCUAAACCCUCACCCAAGCAGAGAAAAAUUAUCAGGGUUUCCCUACCCUCUGGACCAGUCCUGCCUCUGAAUGUUCCCUCUUCUUCCCCCCCAAUCGCUGUCCGACCUGUUCCAAGGACACUUGCAUCCACCAGCUCUCCGACCCCGGUCGUAAUAAAUGGUUUAAACUCUCUACCCUUACAGACAGCGCCCACUAGGGGGCGAACCAUUGCUAUCCGGCUGUCCACCCACAGUCAAGUAGCUCAGCGGCCAGUGGCGGCCACAUCUCUCUCUGGUACCUCCAACUCAUCCCUGUCCCCACAGGUUCUGCUUGUCAACCGUCAGGGUCAGAUCCUGAUCAAAGACCCGGCGACCAACACCUUUCAGCCGGUUAGUACUGGUUCGCCGUCCUACGGCCGCAUCAGCCAGAUUGCCAAGAUGAUCCACAGCAGCGGUGUCCUGCCCCGCGCCGUCCCCAGGGUGGUUGUUGCGCCGGCUGCAACAACACUUUCGCCACGCGCAGCCAUUUUCCACAGCUCGCAUUUCCUCACCAGUAACAGGAACAACAGCGCACCGGCCACUGUCAACACCAAUCUUGUGAUCAGGACCCCGGAGAGUUUGCACGAAGGGCGGGUACUGGUUCGAGCCAUGCCUGUGACAAGUGGAGCAGAACCGGGAAAGGUCAGGUCCAUUUCGGUGCCUGGUUCAUCGCUGAUGACCAGUAACCAGGCCCAAGCUAUCUUAGACCGAGCCAUGGCUUCCCAUCGCGAGCCAUCACAGAUACGGCCCAACAUUCUCAGAACAGGCCAGUCCCAGCUGAGUCCGUCCCAGUUCCAGGUACCCUCCUUUCUCAACAAACUCGAGUCCCCUGUGACCAUGUCAACCACUCCUGGUGAGUACUUCCGGCAUGAGCAGGCGACUGUCCCCAACCCACGGUCCCAGUCCCAGGUCCGAGUCAAGAGGGUGUCCUCAGUCGCCGAGCGUCCCGGAAGGAAGAAAUGCAAAACCGAUUUUCUCCCUCAGUCACCCUCUAUUGACAUGGAUGACUUAGAUGGCAGCAGAAAUAGUGGCGUUCGAAUAAAAGCCCCAACAACAAAAGAUGUGCUGGACCUUGACCAGGAAAAGGUUGAGCCCAAUGUUAUACCACCUCCAGAACCUGAAAAUAUCAGACCACCCCCUGCGCGUGUCGUGGAUUGUCAGCCCCAUAGCACUCUAUAUCCACCUUCUAGCUCUCAGAGUAGCAGCAACAUCAACGGGAAGACCCACGUCUGGGUCAGCGCCCGUCAUGGUGAUCUCUCUGACUGGGGCCCAUACUCAGGUUUUAGCUCAGACGAAGACAUGUUGCCACCUAAACAGGACACUGCCGGGUUCACUCACAGUAACCUGCCCCGGCUUUGCUUUGAGAUCACCAGUGACGACGGCUUCCAUGUCCAGGCAGACAGCAUAGAAGUGGCAUGGCGAGCAGUAAUUGACGGUGUCAUGGAGGCCCGAGCAGGAUUCCACCUGAAGUCAUUGCCACUGGGUGGUGUGAGCGGUGCGCGGAUCCUGGGCGUUCUCCAUGAUGCUGUCAUCUUUCUACUGGAGCAGCUUCCAGGUGCCGCCGGAUGUAAGCAGCACCGCUUCCGCUUCCACCGCUACGACACUGCCGAUGACGAGUUGCCCAUCAACCCUAGCGGCUGUGCCCGCGCAGAGGUCUACACGCGAAAGUCAACCUUUGACAUGUUCAACUUCCUAGCGUCUCAACACAGACAGCUGCCAGACAUUAUGUCAACACCAUGCGAUGAGGAAGAUGACGAUGUCCCACUGAAAUCCACCCGACGAGCCACCAGUACUGAGCUUCCUAUGGCCAUGCGCUUCAGACACCUGGAGAAGACCUCCAAGGAAGCAGUAGGGGUUUACAGGUCAGAAAUUCACGGCCGGGGUCUGUUCUGCAAGAGGAACAUUGAGGCAGGGGAGAUGGUCAUCGAGUAUGCAGGCAAUGUCAUCCGGUCCGUUCUCACAGACAAGCGAGAGAAAUACUAUGACAGCAAGGGCAUUGGCUGUUACAUGUUUCGCAUUGAUGACUUUGACGUGGUGGACGCCACCAUGCACGGAAAUGCAGCACGCUUCAUAAACCACUCAUGCGAGCCCAACUGCUACUCGCGUGUCAUCCUCGUGGACAGCCAUAAGCACAUUGUUAUCUUCGCCCUGCGCAAGAUCUACCGUGGAGAGGAGCUCACGUAUGAUUACAAGUUCCCCAUUGAGGACGACAACAGCAAGCUACACUGCAACUGUGGUGCCAGGCGCUGCCGCCGAUUCCUCAACUAAAUGACCAACACAAUGACUUGGGGACUAAACAGCAAAUGCGUUGACAUGGCCGUAAGACAGGGGGUAGCUUACAAGUACGGAUCAAUCUAACCUAAAAGUUAUUUUUUAUUUAUAGAUUGUCCGUUAUGAAGCAGCUUAAUUUAAAACAGAAUGGUGCACUUUUCGUGGUUCAGCCCAGGCGAACUUUUUAAGCCUCCUUUUUCUUGUCACUGAAACCAAAUAAGGGAGCUGAAAUUUUAGUACCUGUGUGUGCGAUAAAGUGCUGCCAGUGGUUUGCAAUUAAAUGGCUGCCGGUGCAUGGAAUAAAUAUAUAAUUUUUUCCAACCAUAGUUUUUAUUUUAAGUACACUGGCAACUUCGCAGCAUCUCAUGAGCGUCUCUCUUGGUUGGUUUCUACUAAUGAAUCUGUCGCCAAUGGCCUCUGCUGGGAAAUUAAGCUCGAUAUUUCAAUGUUGUGCUGCUUAUCACCAGAAAGAGGGUUGGUUACAUACUUGAUUAGUUUUUCUCAGCAGUCUGAUUACUCUGUUUUAAAGAGGGAUUUCUUGUUAUCAUAGUUAUGACGAUACAAGGCCACACUCGAGGGGAGGAGAGAUUUUAGCACCUUAUUUUCAUGGCCAUGUGCUCAAGUGUUUCUGUACAUAAUAGACAAGAUGGGCUUGUUUGUUGGAAUAUUUUUUUUUUUUUUACCUUUGACACAAGCCACCACCAUUUUAUUGUAGCUGUAUUUUAAUUGUCCAUGUUGAUAUUACGGAGACCAUUGGAAGUGUAUGCCUCACAAUUCACUGACACCGUAUUCCCUAGAUAGUGCACUACUUUGGACCAGGGCCCAUAGGAAAUAGGCUGCCAUUUAGAACUAGCGCCGACUUUUGAGCAGGGAGAGUAUUCAGGAUGUUCUGUUUGUUGUGCUUUUAUGAAGGUGCUGAUUAAAACUACCCUGAAGGUUUCUUUCAAAUAUUUCAUUACCAUCCCUACAGGAUAACUUCUUUCUCAAUAUUUCUUCACCUGUGUUCUGUGGAAACAGAAAUAUCUUGUGAUGUACCCCUAUAGAAUUACAUUGUUUUUAGUCUGCCAGGUAUUUUCAUUAUUUCUUUGGGUGGUUUUGUUCAUGAUUAUCCGGACGCUAACACAGGGGUAAUAAUGUGGUUUGGAUGAGAGAUUAGAAAAACACUUUGAUACUACUACUCUUCAGCUUUAUCAAUAUAAAAUAAAAUUUGUACAUGUAUCCUUGUAUAUUGCAAUAAAUUAAUAUUCAAAAAUGCUAAUGAAAAUAAAUGUUGUCAAAUAUUAACUUGCUUUAUAUUUGCUAGUGAACACCCACUAAUUGAAAAGAGGGGCAUGAAAGCUUAUACAGUACAAUACCUGGUUGUAGCCUAUGUUUAGUUUGUACUCCUUUAUAUUCUCUUUUUGCCCACCCCCACCUUAAUGUAACCACUCCUCCCCUGUCUUUUGCAGGUGUACUACCUCAGUCGCUCACCACGACAAAAGAUCAUGUUUUGCCCUGCUACAAUAUCUAUUUGAGGUGGAGGAGCUCAGUUCACGUGUUCAAGCACUGACCAGCAAAACCGCUUCUAUUAAAGUAUAAUUUUGGGCAUGUGGUGUAAGUGCUGUUGUAGAUAUUGUAGCCUAGCCUUGGUUUCCAACUCGUGCCAUGCUGGCUCAAAUGUGCAACUCCAUUUAGGGCACUGAGCUGGCUAUGCAUGCAACAAAGACAUGAUCUUCCAUGUUUGGAGUUUUAGUUGGCCAUUGGUGGGGGGUUUUACCCCGAGUACUGGAUAAUUGCAGUUUGUGUUACUUGCGUAGGAUUGUUUCAAUAUAUUUAGAAUAAAGUUAAUCUGUAACUGCGUGUGACGAAUAUGGUUCUGUUACCAUGGCACAAAGAGAACCUUUGUACAUAGUUGUAUAAAACAUUUCUAAACCUGUUAAAAGUUUUUCUACGCACUUUUUAUUUUAUUUAUGAUGUUCUUGGCUUAAUAAAGAUGUUGAGAGGUUUGGAAACAGA